AUGGCAGCGAGCGCCGUAGGUGUAAGAAUAUAUCCUCCGGUUGUGGAGUUUAUCGACGUGAAAGUUGGGGAGGUUUACAAAACCACUGUCACGGUGACUAAUACAGGGAAGUCUAAUAGACGAAUGCGGCUGCAUGGACCCGUUUCUAAGCUAUUCAGGUUGCAGGUGGAGAACCCAGACACGCCCAUAGCUGCAGGGCUGUCUCUGACUGCCACAGUGGAAUACAGACCAGAAAAGGAGGAGAAUGCAAGCGAUCGCUUAGUCCUCCUUUCCGAUGAUGACAUUGUGGAGAUCCCACUCCAUGCGUUUUGCCCAGCCUGCUCUCUGCAGAUGGACUCCCUGGUUGAUUUUGGUUCUGUGGUUGCAAAGAGUCAGAUCAUUAGUAAAGAGAUACCACUGACCAAUCAUGGAUCUGCUCCAGGUGCCUUUCAGAUCCUCUACAAGGGAGACACUCCCAUCAGCAUCACACCUAGCAGUGGCAUCCUUGCUCCUGGAAGUACCCAGCUGGUGAGAGUGGAACUAUGUACUGACCAGCCCAGGAGGGUGUAUGAAGAGGCCCUGGUGAGGCUGCAGGGCAGUGAUGAUGUGGUUCUGAAGAUUCAGGUGGAAGUGACGGAGCAGGUUCUGGAGCUGCUCGAUUCUUCUCAGGAGGGGAAGCUGUCGUGCGUGCAGUUCGGCCCAACCUACUUUGGAACAUCACGGCUGGAGCAGGUGGUUCUGGUGAACAGUGGGCCCGGUGCCUGUGACUGGGUCGCAGUUCUGCAGGAUGAUGCUGUCGGAACUGAAGCGGGCACUGACCUACAGAAGAACACAUACACAGCACUGCUGGACAGGACCAUGAGAAAUGACAACGGCCAAGUGGAUUUCUCUGCUGUGGUCACCUGCGUGCCCAGUGAGGGGAGACUGGGGCCAAACCAAAGGACCACCCUGUAUGUGUGUUUCAGUCCUGGACCCAUCAGGGCUUCUGAGGACAAGCGUAACUCUGCACAGGCUACCAAACAGGACUUCUGUCUCUUCUUGAAGUUUGAGAUUGUGGGAAGCAAAAACAGCUUCACUUGCCAGCAAUACGAGACAGUGCCUCCCUGCAAGGGUGGUGUAGAGCUGGCAGUCACUGGGACUGGCGUCCCACUUUCCCUCACCAUCAGCCCUGGCUAUAGCUACAGCUUCCAGCAGUGCAUGAUGGGAGAGCGUGUGGACAUCCCUUGUGUCCUGCACAACCAUUCCUCUCUGCUGCCUGUAGCCUUCAGGUUCAGAAAGAUGGCCAACUUCAUCACUGACCCACAGAGUGGAAACAUUGCUCCUGGGCAGUGCCAGGACGUGGUGCUGUCCUUCGCCCCACAUCAGAUCGGGGUGUUCAGAGUGCGCCAUGUCCUGGAGGUGCUGGGCGAGGUGGCGGAGCUGGACCCGUCUGCAGCUCGACUCCACCUGCAGAGCUUUCGUCAGGUCAUUCUGCACCUGUCUGCUGUCUGCAGGGCUGUGACUGGUCUCACCCGGCCUAGAGUCAGCCCAGACGAGCUGGUCCACAGUGCAGACACUGUGUCUAUCAGAACAGCCAAGACCCGACUCCACUCCCACAGGGCAAAGCAGUAUAGUUACGUGGACCCAGACUUUGCCUUCACUGAGGAGGAGGAGCUACAGAGGAAGCAGCACAAAGAGCACUAUCUCCACUUUAUCAGGGCCCUGCGUGAGUCCCGCCUGCAGAGAGCCAGGGAGAGAGAGGUGGCUGAGGUCCAGGAUGGGGUGAAUAUUGGGAUAAGGCCAGCAGCAGGACUACUGCCCCCAAGGCUCUCUCUGCAGGACAUGGAGCCGGAUCAGAGCGAGGCUCAGAGCUUCACCCAGCAGAGCUCCCUCCUCACCACUCGCACCCUCGCUGCCAUGGAAACCAGGGCAGCCGCAAGACCAGUGAGUCAGUUAGAACUAGGGAUAAGCGCUGUUCCCUCCACUGCAGAAGAAGCGGCUGCCUGCCGCCAAACUCUGACAGCUCAGCAGCUCCACCAGGUGGUCAUUGGCCCGUCCUUGGUGAACUUCGGUGAAGUGUGUGCGCAGUCCUCCUCGGAGCAGCAGCUGGACUUGGUGAACAACUUGCGGACGCACGUGUGGGUGCAGGUGGAGGUGGGCUGCCCUGAGCUGCAGCGCUCCAGCCCUCUGUCCUACGUCCUGCCCCCACUGUCCCAUGCAGCGCUGCUCCUCGUCUUCGAGAGCGGCACCCUGGGUACAUUCAACAGGUCAAUCUCCUACACAGUGAACAGGAAGCACUCGGGCCAUGUUCUGGUCAGGGCAGAGGUGGUUCCGAUAGCUCUGGAGCUGUCAGCCCCUGAGGUGACGCUGAGCCCAUCCCCCGGCCUCCUUGCCCAGUCUGGCUACAGAGGCAGCAUUACACUGUACAACCGGCGCAACCACCCCGCCCAGUUCACCUGGAGGCCCAUUAUCACAGAUAGAGGCAUUGCUUUCUCAGUCCGACCUGCUACAGGUACUGUGGAGGCCUACCAGGAGCUGGACUGUGAGCUGGUUUGGCACCCGUCCUUCUACUCUCCCCUGGAGGGGCAGUUUGACCUGUGUGUGCACCAGGGCAACGCUGCCACACUGCAGUGCCUCGCUAAGGUCGGCUCCUCCACGGUCCAGCUGGCUGAGAAGCACAUGCUGUUGGGUGCACUGCCUCUGAAUUUACCCACUAUCAGAACAGCAGUGCUACGCAACACUGGCCACAACCAUGCCUACUUCCAGGUGUUUGAUGUGUACCCUUUGCGUGGGAUGAUGGUGACCCCCUCGGAGGGCGUAGUUCCCGUGGGAGGGCAGGCGGAGAUUCAGGUCCACUUUACACCAGAGGCAGUGAUGAAGUUCGACACCAGAGUGGAGAUUGGUCUGAGGGGUCUGAAAUCCUUGGAGCUGAGAAUAGGGGGCUCUGUGGAGCCACCCUUGGUGGACAUCAGUGUGAAGUCCUUCCAGUUCCACGGCGUUCAUGCCGGUUCCACCCGGGCGGUUCCGUUCUCCCUUCAGAACCGCUCCGCCACUCGGGCCUGCGUUCAGUUUGACCUGUCGGAGCACGCAGACUUUGCUGUGGAGUUUCCCCAGCACGCAGGUAUGAGGCCCAAGCCACACCUGUACAUGAUAACACUGGAGGGACUGGAAACAGUGGAGUGUUCCCUCAUUUUCUCCCCUAAAGAAGUGGCAGCAUACGACUUCAAUCUGCCCGUGACCCUGAAUGAUGUUGGUGUUCCUUCCCCUCCCCCGAGUUCUGUGCCCAAAACCCCGUCUGUGAGAGAAAAGCACAUUGUCACCCCGCAGCCACGGCCUGUCUCCGUGGUAACGCCCUCGCGCAGGGUGCAGGCUGUAGCCCUGCGACCCCCUUUGGAAAUGUCCAAGUCCAGUGUCCAUUUCGAGAUAAACUCCGUUGAGGAGUCACCUGCUGCAGUCGAAUCACAGACCCUGGAGCUGAGGAACGUCUCCCAGGAGGCUGUGAAUUGGAGGUUUGGCUGGGCCUUGCCUGGGCAGCUCAAUGUCACUCUGCCUGUCCUCCUGGGGGAAGAGACAACCCACCCCUACAGACUCCUCUUCCUCAGCGCCUGCAUUCACAAGCCCACCAUCACCUUCCUGCCAGCACGGGUCAUCCUCAGGCCUGUGCCCCUGGACACCCUGGCCACCGCCACCCUGUCCCUGCUACCCAGUGGAUACACCAGGGCCUCCUCACUCCGGGUGGAGCAGGAGGAGGUGGAGCUGGAGGACGGCAGCCGAGUGGAGCCCUUCUCCGUGAUCCUCCCCCACGACGGCGUCAUCCACCCCCGGCCUGGAGGGAGCAGCGAGCCCCUCACCUGCACCGUCACCUUCCGCUCCUCGCAGCCCCUUUCCCUCGCCUCCCUCGUCUCCUUCUUGGAUCGAGACAAUAACAGGUUUCAGGUGGAGGUGUGUGCAGCAGCAGAAAAUUGCCUGCUGACUGUGUGGCCCUAUCUGGCUCUGCACCGUUCUGACCAGCAGAUUGUUCUCAAAAGUGGGCAUCUGAAUGGAGGAUCGGAGCGACCCCAGCUGACGGGGGAGGUGAUGCUGCGGCCGUGCCCCUCCCACGGCUCCCUGUCUCACAGCACCUCCUCCAGCUCCACCUUCGCCAUGCUGAGCUCCACCAGGGGGGAGACGCCCUCCGACUAUGUGGAGGAGAGUGGAAGUGAGAGUGGGAGCAGGAGGAAGGAGCAGUGGGACCUCACAGACAGGAUGGGUGCGCUGGGGCUUCCGUCCUUCCCCCACGAGGACUCAGAAGAGGGGUACUUUUGCUACUCUGUCUUACAGGCCGUACAGAACUGGUUCAGCCAGUUUGGCUGGCCCCGGGGACCAAACCCCAUCACCCUGCCCCAAACGCUGAGGAGAGCGGUAUGCAAGGCGCAGUCCUCGGCCUCAGGACAGAAGAACACCUACCGCGUCAGUCACGGGAAGGACACCAAGACCAUCUAUGACAUGCUGCUUCACCUGAGUGGCCAGAUGCUCCCUGGGGUCAGCAGCAGCCAGUCCCUGCCCGGCGACCUCCAUCAGCGGGUUCAGCAGCUGCACCGCCAGCACGCCACACUCCUCGCUUUCCUCAGGGCUCAAGGGGCCUCUCUGUCCCAUAUUAAACCUGAGUACCUCUUGGAGCAGCAGGAGUUCAACCACUGGAGCUCCCUGCAGCCUCAGGAUCAGCGGGGGAGCUGGGUUACAGGUCCAGUGAGUCUGGAUGACAUUGCCUUUGAGUCCCUGAGCAAACGGGCCUGGACCGAUGUUCUGCUGCAGACCUACAAGGUGCUGGUGCUUCCCCGUGUGACAGAGGAGAGCUUAGGAAGUCUUCAGGAUUGGGAGCGCAUCCCAAAGAUCAACCCUGACCCCCUGUCCAGCAACAUCUACUCCACCUGGGAGAGGAAGCUCCUCACCUGGCUCAACCUUCACUUCCACAAGAUGAGGACUGUGGUGUGGAGCCCCAGCGUCAGUAAAGCAGGUGAUGUCCCGUCAGCCAGGUGGAUUGUGAACUUUGACCUGGACCUGGUGGAUGGACUGGUCCUGGCUGCUGUGCUUGCUGUAUACUGCCCCUUCUUGAUCCCAACUCACUUCCAGAGGAUGUACACCAGCACCAGCAGCCUGGAGCAGAACCUGCACAACAACAUCAUCCUGAGCCAGGCCCUCCAGCUGCUCCGCCUGGACUUUCACAUACAGGCCACAGAGCUCUCAGACCCAAACCCAGUUCAGCUUCUGAUGUUAUGUUUGCACCUGUUCGAGCGUCUGCCUCAGUACCUGCCCAAGAAGACACUGACACUGUCAGGCAGCCUGCACUGCGCUUUCACCAAACAGGUGCGGCUGAAGAAUUCCUCCUCCAGACCACUGGUGUAUCAUGCGUCCAUCCUGGGGAAGGAAGCAUCCCAUUUCUCCUUACCUGAUGGCUCCACAGUCAUCAUCCCUCCGAAGGGGAGUGUGGAGGUGCAAGUGCAUUUCUCCAGCCCUUUCCUCAGGCCGAUGGAGGCGGUCCUUCUGUUCACAUGCCGGGCGUCUGCUGGACCUUUGGGUGCCACGCUGGCCUUCUCGUUGCGCUCACAGGUCACCCGCAUCAGCCCCAGUGGGGUUGCGAAAUGCAGAUCUCCCUGUUACCAGCAAACGGAGAUCAAGCUGAAAAUGAUCAAUGCUUUCAGUAAAGAUGCCAGAUUCGGAGUGAUUCUUCUGGAGUCCAAAGACAGCCUGGUCCAGGCAUCUGAUAGAGAACAUCGUCUGGAGGACCUGAUCCAGCGGAUCACCUCAGCGAGUACCCAGAAGCAGCACUGCGGAGACAGUUCCAGUUGGCUGAAUGUGAGGACGGAGAAUAGGGAGAGCAACAAAGGCGAUGGAGAAAACAAGCAAGGCCUGCCCUCUGACCAAGGGGGUGAUGGGGCCAUUAAUGAGUUUUUCAGUCCCCUGAAGAGUGUGUGGCUGAAAGCAGGAGGACAGGACCUCCUGGAAAUUCAAUACCUACCCUUUCAGCCGGGCAAGAGAUACUGCUGCAUCCUGCUGGUCAACAACCAGGUGGGGGAUAUGGUCUAUUUGGUUGAGGGAACUGCAGACCUGCCCCUGCCCACCCCACUGGAUGCAGAGGCCAGUCCUAAUGUGUGGAUCAGCAGCACUGCCACUGGGAGCGGCAGCCAGAAGCCGGCCCUCUGCUUUAAGUGCGGCACGAGCGGGAGCCUGUGUGAGGCGCUGCUCGUGCCCCUGGUGAACGCGGCGUGGGAGCGCGCGCUGGCCGCCGUGGCGCGGCGGGGCAUGUCUCCGCUGGAGCUGGAGCGCCGCAGGGCGACGGGAACGCUGGACAGCAGCACGGUCAGGGCGGGCGUGGCCGCGGCGGGGCUGACCGCCGCUCAGGCUCCUCUGGUACGUGCUCUAGCUCAGACUCAGACGAUAGAGUACAGUGUGGAGGUCUCCAUGCCAGAACACUUCCUCCUGCCAGAGACAGUCUCAGUCCCAGUGGCUGGAGAGGGCGGAGACUCAGCCCGGCUCCAGGGUAAGUCCAGAGUGGUGUCGGUGCCCGUGCAGUUCCGCCCCAAAGCAGCAGGUCGGUACCAGUGCCAGGUGGUCCUGCGGUCGUGGCAAGACGUGCGAGUGCACCUGUUGGAGGCUGUGGUGCGCGGGGAGGGCAGCCACGCGCAGCUGGAGUUCACCACACCUGCUCACCAGUCUGUCACUCAAGACAUCCCACUGAACAGCGAGAGCCGUCAGGACUGCAGGCUGCGGUGUCUUCUCUCAGGGCAGGGCUUCUCUGGCCCCCCGCUGGUGUAUGUCCAUGCAGGGGCGCGGCUCUACUACCCCCUGACCUUCCACCCCACAUCCAGGUGUAUCGUCACGGGCCAUCUCUCCCUUAUCAAUGACACGGAUGGGACAGAGUACAGUUUUGAUCUGAGAGGGGUGGGCGAACGCCCGCUCGCUCUGGAGCAUGUUCAGAUUCACUGCACUGUCCGAGAAGUAACCCAGAGCCGACUGCAGGUCCCCAACUACAGCCAGAAACUCAUCACCUGCAAGGUUGUUUCAGACCUGUCAAUUGUCAGUGGACCUCCCACUCUAGAAAUUAAGCCAGGUCACACUGUCCCUUACACCAUCAGUGUGUCUCCAUGGAAACGAGGAAUGCAUAAAGGGGUGAUCUCCUUUGUAGCACAGGAGAAGGAAAUGGUGAUGGAGAAAGAGAAAGGGGGUUCUCAACAGCCAGCUGCUGACUCAAUGAUUACACCUGAUCAACCUGGUGAGAUGACCUGGCCUUAUGAGGUGUGGUUCUCCUUGGAGGUGAUCAGCAGUCCUGCCCCACCCAUGAAGGUUUUACCCGUCCAGUGUGCUGUCCAUAGCUCUGUUGCCGUGGAGAUCCCCAUCACUAACCCACGGGCAGAGCCCCUGCGCCUGCAGGUGUGUGUGGAGGGUCCUUACCUGUCCGGCGAUGUUUGCAUGAGUGUGCCAGGCCAUGAUACACAGACUUACCUGGCCAGGUUCUCUCCAGCAACAAUUGGAAAGAAGUGUGGCAGUGUUAUCUUCCAGUCCGAUGUGGUAGGGGAAUUCUGGUACCAGUUAGACCUACUGGCUGACCCACCAGUUCCUAUAACCCUGCCAGACUGCAGCUGUGAACUGGGAAAAUGGACGCGCACUUCCAUCCCUUUGAUAAACCCCACAGACGAGAGGCUGGAGCUGGAUGCGGUCAAUAGUAACCCCCGCAACUUCACCCUGGAGCUGGACGGCAGCCAAGCGCUCGUUGUGGAACCUCAUUCUACCACCCAGGUACCAGUGCAGUUCUGUCCCUCUUCCUUGGGGAGGGGCAACCACACUGCACGCGUCUGCUUCACCUGCACACAGCUGGGUGAGUGGAGUUUCCUGCUGUCUGGAACUGGUUUGGCACCAGGACUGAUGGAGCCCCUCUCUGUCUCCAGUAGAGUGGGGUCCCACUCCUCCCUCUUCCUGCCUUUCAGGAACCCUAUGGAGCACGAUGUGCAGGUGCACAUCUGCCUCACAGAUGAGGAGCCCAGCCUGGGCUCCCUGAAUUCCUCAGUCCAGGGGACCCAUGAGUAUAAGGGGAAGGCUUUCAGCAUCCCACUACGAAAGACACAAGGUGUACUCCUGGCUCCAGAGGCCAGUCUGGACGUGCCGGUGGUGUUUGCCCCGGAGAGUAUGCAGUGGUAUUCUGCCUGGGUGGUUAUUCAGCUGGAGCUGAGAGAAGGGCAAAGCUGGAGAAGUGAGGCGGUAGAGGAUUCGGUAUUGAGAGAGUCGGACCAGCAGGGCAGGUCUCUUGGUGGACAAAUGGAAGAUUGGAAUCUGCAGGGGAUUCGCUGGGUGUACCCCAUCCAUGGCAUCCCAGAGGCUGUCCUAGGCCCCUCCCACCCAGCUGUGAUCAGGUGUGAGGCUCGCAGUCGUGUGGAGGAACAUCUGGAAGUGCAGCUUACAGGGUGUGUCCCAGGGCCAUCAGCACCUCCUGUGGCCAGAGACCAAAGUGUCAGCCCACGCAGCAAGACACCCACUGGACCAGGUUCUAGGUCGAUGGAGGAGGACUUCUUGUAUGAGGUCCGGUUUGAGAAUGAUGAAGAGCAGGCUCAACUGGACAGCUGUGUGGCUUUGUCUCUCCUUGGAUGUGAAAGAGAACCACAGACUGGCAUUGUCACCCUAACCUUCAACAUUGUGUUCGCCCCCUGCAGGCCCCUUAGGUGUACAGCUGUGCUGGCCGUUCAAGGCAUCACUGGUGGGCGUUGGAAGUUUCCCAUCACACUCAUCUCCACAGAACCACAGGUGGACGAUGUGAUCACCAUAGAGGCAGCAGGCCUAAACAAGACGUCGGGGGUGGUAUUCCGACUCACCAGCCUAGCCAGGCACCCAGAGCCCUUCACAGCAAAGUUCUUACCAGGCAGCGGGCCAGAGUUCCAGGUAUCUCCUCACUCAGGUGAGCUGCUUCCUGUGGGUUCACCUGGCACUCUCUUCACCAUCACCUUCACGCCCACCAUGUACAGCAAGAGGCACCGCGCUAUGCUGCUUGUGCAGACGGCAGACAUGCAAUGGACGUAUGAAGUGAAUGGGGCUCUUCCCCUCUACACCCCUCCCUCCUCUCGCUCCUCUCAGGGUGUGGGCUCCACCAGGCUCCGCCCCACCAGGGUGUGUCAGCGGAACUUCUUGCGGGAGAACCUUCAGGUUCCUAACACGGCCGCAUCCUCCCCUCUCAGGGACCAUCCCCUUAUUCCCAGGGUCAAAUAA